CUUUGGCCAUUAAUAUAUAUAAAUUUGUAUUAGUAAAAAAAUUAAAAAAUAUAUAUUUUAAAAAAUAUAUAUUUUGAAAAUUGAAUCAUUCAAAUGUAAUCUCAAUUCUGAAGUUUUGAAUGCAAAAUCGAACAGAACUUUUAGUUUGAUUGUGUAUUUGAUUUUGGGUAAAAAAGAAUCGAAAAAACCCUAAUUGUAAUUCAAAAUAUACGACCAAGAAAUUAUUAUUCCGUAUCGAAUAACAUCACAGCAGUGCGGAUCGCAGUAGAAGAAAGGUACAGCGUUGGACUUGACUGAAUAUGAAGCGUGAGCAGGUGAGCCCUGAAGCUGAAGUCGAUAAGGAUGCGGAAGACCGGAAAAGAUAAUUUGCCAAAUAAGGAAGUGGGAAGUUUAUUUUGGGACAUCCAAAUAAGGAAAGUGGGAACUUGUUUCCGGGACGGAGGGAGUAUUUAUGUAUCCAACCUAGUUUUUCUUACUUCUUUUUGGAGUUUAGAACAACAACGUCAUCCAUUAUUCUCUUAAAAUUCUUUUUGGAGGUUAGAACAACAACGUUAUCCUUUAUUCUCUUAAAAUUCAAGCCGAACCCAAAUUUAUUUUACGAUUUUAACUGAGGGAGUAUUAGAUCUGGGCUUUCGUUCUAAGCUAUGAACCUUAUAAGAGGAGUCCAAAAUCUGUUAUUUGAGCUUGUAAUGUUUUAUUGGGUCAGUAUCUGUUGUGUUUAACACAACUAAUUAGAAGAUGAAAAUUUUGAAAUCCGUGUAUUCGAUGAGGCUAUACAAAGAUUGUGUUGCUUGUAUGAUAUUAACAUGUUCUCACAUUGAGCUUCAAUCGUAAAUUUUCUUCUUUAUAGAAGUAGUAUUCCAAUUCUCAUACUUGAGUUUGUAUUUUUCUAUUGUGCCAGUUUGAGAUGACUUAACAGUUAACAUUGUGAACAUUUAGAUUGGUUUUUGUUAAACAUAGUCAUAAACAAACUCAAAUGAAUCUUGUAUAAGGGUGAUCAUGCUAUACUGUGGUUUCAAAUAAUUAUGGUUUUCUCAUUUUUGCUCAGUCUUACACACGAAGCUGGAAGCUCAAAUAAUUUUUUUUUGUUUUUCCCCAUUUUCAACAUAGGGCAUAUAUUGAUAUUUUAAAAACAAUACAAAUUGGGCAUCAUUCAAAUUCUUUCUUUGCUUACUGACCUUAUUGUGUCAUAGUCCAACCUCUUUUGGUUUUUUUUUUUAUACUUUUGACUGGUAUCAUGGGCGCACGCAAAAGCAUAAGUUGAGCUGGGCCCAUAGCCCUGGCCCUGAGGAAUGUUUUAGGAUAAAUUUUUACACACAAGUUUUUAUACAUAAAUUGCAAGUUUUUCUCAAAUUUGGGGUGAGCCUGGACCUGAUAAGUCCCCUACUAGGCUACUGCGCCCCAGACUAAACAAUCACUUGAGCCACACACUCUACGAGUAUCUUAGAGUUUUGUUGGUCCGGCCAUUUUUGCUAUUUUUUUUUGGUUGGUUAUUAUGCUGAAUGAACUGUGAAGGAAGAAGACAAAGUUUGAGCAACAAACCACACCUCCCAUGGAUAAGCGGGUGUCAAAAUUUACAUGGAGGAUCAAAAGUUUCUCGCAACUGGAUGUUAAAAAGCUUUGUUCUCCCACGUUUCUUGUGAAAGAGAACAAAUGGAGAGUUGUCCUUUUUCCAAAAGGCCUAGGAAAAAAUAAUGAUCAUUUGUCCAUGUACCUCAAAGUGGCUGGCUCUUCUCGCUCACCCAAUGGCUGGAGUAUACCAGCAAAUUUCAGCAUAGCUCUUAUCAACCAGAUAAAUUGCAACAAAACCAUUAAGAAAGAAUCAUUUCAUACUUUCAAUGCUGAAGAACGUGUUUGUGGCUUCACGUCUUUUAUCCCUCUCAAUGAUCUUCAUGAUAAAAGUGGAGGUUAUCUUGUUGAAGACACGUGCUUGAUUGAAGUUGAAGUAGAUGUGGUUGAUGAUGUUGUGCUUGAUGAUGUUUCUCCAUCUGUCAACUAUAGAACUUUCAUAGGGCGUGUUUUCGGCAUUGGCUCAUAUGGUAAUUCAUCUUCUCAAGCUACUUACUGGAGUCAACAACAAUUACAUGAACUUAUUGAAGAGUUGGUGAGAAGGCGGUUACAAACGACAGGCCUAGAAGAGAAAAUGGAAGCUCUAAUUGAGACUAGACUUAGUGCCGCCUUUGACAAGUAUUUCCCUCAAAUCCCGAGCAUGAAUAUGGGCCAACUCUCGAGCACGAGUACAAGUCAAACCCCGAGCCAAACGCUGGGAACUAAUCCAACCCAAGACAUGGGUCAGUUCUCAGGAUUGGAUCAAAUUCCCUCCAUGCCCAUUAACCAGCCACACGGCGGCGAUCAAUUUUUAACACCUCAGCAAUGCUCUCAAGGUGAAACCCCUCCUGAACAAUGAUAACCAUAACAACAGUCCCCCCUCCAAUGUAAUUUUCUUUCAUUUUUUUUAAUUAUUUUGUAGUUGGUUUUUUAAUUUAGGUCAAGUUCCUUGGAUUUAUUCCAUGAUUAAGUUUUUACUUUUUCAUAAUUUAAGGUUCGUCGCAGUUGUCACUUAUGGCAUCCAUGGGGCCUAGAUUUAGAAAAAUCAUUUCUAAAACAUAUGGAAAACAAAAUGUGGAGAAACGUGUAAAUGUUAAAAAAAAUUACGGUCAGACUCUCUUUGUUUUUUAAAAUUUUGUCA